ACACCCACGCAUCUGACACUGACAGCAAACCUCUAAAAUAACAUCACCAAUCUAUUCCAUUGAACAAAGUCAUCUAAAAAAAGAAAUAUCGAUUACUGCUUGCUCAUAAUGGCCUCCUUCCGUUUAGCACGCGUUCACUGACAGCUAUUGGGUUCCCAGCCUCUGGUGUCCCCAACUGCCUCAUCAGCCGCCUUAAAGAAUUCACGAUGCUUCGUGAGAGCUCCAAAGGGUGGAGCAACAGCUCCGAGGCCUACAGCAGUGAUCCCGAGGAGGAUGAGGAGGAGGAAGAGGACAUGGUGUUUGGGGAGAAUGAUCAAGACGGCGUCGCAGAGGAGAUGAUGGACCUGAGUGACCUUCCCACAGCUCUCUUCGCAUGCAGCGUGCAUGAUGCUGUGUUCAAGCAGGACGCACAAAGGGAGAGGUUUGAAGCCCUGUUUCGGAGCUACGAUGAACAGACGACUUUCCAGAUGUUUAAAAGCUUCAAGAGAGUCAGGAUCAACUUCAGCACCCCAGAGGCCGCGGCCCGCGCUCGCAUCGAGCUGCACGAAUCCGAGUUCAACGGCAGGAAGCUAAAACUCUACUUUGCUCAAAUCCAGAACGGUGAUGAAGACAUCGACAAGUCGUACCUGGCCCCUCCUCAGCCUGUCAAACAGUUUCUGAUCUCGCCCCCCGCCUCCCCACCUGUGGGCUGGAGCCAGAGCGACGACGCCACACCCGUCAUCAACUAUGACCUGCUGUGUGCUGUUGCCAAACUAGGACCGGGUGAAAAGUAUGAACUCCACGCAGGGACAGAGUCCACCCCCAGCGUGGUCGUCCACGUAUGCGAGAGCGAGACGGAGGAGGACGAAGCGGCGCGUCCAAAGCAGCAGAUUGUGCAGACCAGACGCCCCGACGAGCCCCCGAAGGUCUCCAACUAGAGAGGCACCUCCCUCUCCGCCACCUGACACCGGUGCGGCCCCCGACCGCCCUUUGAAUCCGCAACACACCCGUCCUCUCUCUCUCUCGUCUCUGCACUUCCAGAGAGCGUCAAUGCCCCUCAUUUCAGUUCAACAACAAGCAAAAACAAACAUUGCUCGAAGACGGUGUUUGUGGGGAACGUGGCGAUGGAAUGAGGCGGCUUGAAGGGAAUGGAUGAGAAUCACACACACACACUCAUCACAUUCUGCGGACCGCGUGGGGAGCGGCGUGCACGCGUGCCUGCACCCCACCAGCCCUUCUCAGUUUCAGCAAGAGGGGUUACAAUACCUGUCCCAUUGCAGGCACCUGUCACUUAUCACACACACAUUGCUCGUCCUGCUCAGUAGCCUGCUUGUCAGAUCGCUUGUUAACCUUUCCCCGUGUACAUUAAUCUUCGGUUGAGGACAAAGCAGACUUUUUUGGUUUUAAAUUGUUUUCAAGUUACUUAUACAGCACAUAUAUUGUAUUUUAUUCCCUCUUUUUUCAUUCAUUUUUAUAUCUGCUGGCUUGCUACUUCAGCUUGCAUCAGGAUUGUGUGUGAUGUUCCCGCUCUUGUCUGCAUGUAUAUACUGUAUUAGAAAAAAAAUGUGUACCAAAACACGAAAUACUAAAAAGUUGUACGAAGAAAAAGGAACCUAUUUAACGUCACACACAGCACAAAGCGCCAUAUGUGACUAACUAAGUUGUGGUGGUUGACUUUCUUUAUUCUUUUCUUUCUUUCUUUUUUUAUUUGGAGAGAUGUUUCUUGCUAAACUACUAGAUGUGUAUCUUUACUGUGUAUUUGUUACCGCAGCAUUUUUUGCAUGCCUACUUAGUUCGGUAGAUGAUGGGGAGCCGAGGUGUUUGUUUUUUGGGGGGUUUUUUUUUGUUUGUUUCCUUUUUUUGUUGUUUGUGGCGGCAGGAGAAUUGUGUGACGCUUUUGACGCGAGUGCAGAGUUUAAAGCGACAUCUCUGAACGUUAAAAAAAAAAGAAAACAAACUGCUGAACAGGUUUUCUAAGAUGAACAGUUUUGUGGAAAUAUGAUGGAUCCAAUACAGUUCAUCCCCUCUCCUUAUUUCACAACGAGGAUUGGGAUGUUUCAUUUUUUUUUUUUUUGCUUUAUUGUACUUCACAUCUUUAUAGUCAUGAGUACUUUCUAGAUCAAAUCCACUUUUAAUGUGUCAGGUUUCCUCUGAAACCCACUCCUGCUUGUUUUGCACUGAGAAUCUCUUGAUGUCCCGAAGCUGUUGCGGUGCUGUCGGCUGUCUCCCGCCACGCACCGCAAUACGGCGCCGCUUUUGUUGGUGUACAUAAGUCAGCGGUACAUAGGUGGAAAUAUUAUUUUAGAUAUUUGAGCUUUCCUGAAAGCAUUUCAUUAAGAAAAGGGAAAUUAAAAAACUUGCCUCAUGAGAUAUCAACAGAAAUACCAACCAAAGCAUUUGCUCACCUCUCAUUGUUACCAAAACAUGAUACUUUUUCAGUCAGACACUGAUGUUGAUUAUUAAACUGAGAGGAGAGUUGUUGUUUUUUUGUUUUUCUUCAACCAAAUUGCUGUUGUUUCUCAUUUCUCAUUAUCUCCUUUUUUGUUAUAUAAUAUUUAGUGAAAGCCUGAAUUUAUCCUGAUGUACAUUUUUCACCUACUUAUGGAACUAAAUAUGUCUGUUCUGCAGAAGCAACAAGAACAAAUGCUUGUAACAGGGCUUUUGGUUGUCACAAGUGAGUCUAAACCUUAUUUAUAACAUUAGACAGCGUCCAUUUUCUAUACCUAUUUCAUCCUGUUCAGGCAUGAAAUUUAUAAAUACUUUUUUUUUUGGCUGUAUAACAAUAUUAUUAAGCGUAAGACAAGUCUGUGUGCAUGCAAGCACUUUAUUGUCAGUGUUUUCUUUGUUUCCUUCACAUAAAAGUCUUUUUUGAGACAAAGUAGGGAGCACAUUCUUCAGUUUCCUUGUAUAUUUGUAUUCUCGAGCUAAACACCUGGUUAGCCUUUUCACCAGCAUACUGCAGUAAGUGAAGCACUCCUCUUCCUCUUCGCUAGUGUGAACCUUUCAGGCCUUUUGGAUCUGCGGGAGUGCGCUUCUGACAAGGUGUUUACAUGCAGUACAGUUGGAGGAUUUAAAACGAGGAAGGAUGUUGCAGAACGGAAACCAACAUCUUUUUGUCUUUUGUGUUUGUGUCCUCGAGAAACAUUCGUAGUAACAUUCUGAGAAAGAUUAGCAUUUUUUUUUUUUGCAGUUUUUCUUUUUGAAAAAUGCUGACAGGAUGCCGCGGUAAAAGCCGCCGGCGUUGUCCAAGCAGGCGGCUGAUUGUUGGAACUGCGGAGGUUGAAGUUCAUGAAGAGGAAGCAGUGGAGCAGGAGGAAACACUGAAGAUUUUUUACUCUGCGAUCAUUGUGUUUCAAAGUGGUGGACUUUGGUCACAGUUGAGAAGAAAAUGUAUAUCUAUGUACAUAUGCCAAGUGUUUUUUUGUUUUUUUUGUUUGUUCGUUUGUUUUUCUGUUGCUGAGGUCAGUCCCAGUUUGCAGUUUGUUACAGCUUCUCUUGGCACUCUUGUAAUGGAAACUAAAAAAAAAAAGAAGAUAAAAAUGUGUAACAAUAAGACCUGAAGAUGCUUGAUCAAAACCAACUUUCAUGGUGUUGUGUUCAACAUGGACUUAGUCUGAAUGUUUCUUUUAUUUCUGUCUACUAAAAAGCUCAAUAAUACCGUUAAUACUGUCACUAUUGUACUGUUUUUGUUGAAAGCUGAAUAUUGUGUCUAGUAUUGUAGAAAUCCAGAAAACAAAGUAGCAAAAACAAGCAAUAAUUUACAGUUCUAUAAUACCAGUAUGUGUAUAUGUUCUGUACUUAUUUCUCGGACAUGGUCUCUGUCUCUGACAGUAUCCGCUUCUAUUUGUGUAGUUUAAUGGUAAUUUGUUUCACACAGAAAAAUACAUAAAGACUUAUUCUUAAAGUCCAUGUUUAGUGUUGUUGUUUAGAUGGUUCUCUCCUUCAAGGGCAACACUUUUAAUGCAGACGCAUUUAAUAAAGCAAAACCUUCAGUUUUAAAAACGCAAGUUAAUAUUUGAAAAGUAGCCGUCAGGAUUUGAAACUAAUGGAUGUAUUGUCCAGCCUGUGCUAUAACCAGGACACGGCUAUUGGAGUAUAAAUCAGAGAUAUCGCUCUUAUUUUGACCUCUUCCUUAAAUUUGCAUGUAAAUAUUGUAAAGCUGCUAUUAUCUGCUGUUUUACAAACAGGAUAUAGGUCAAGAAAUCAGUUCUAGUUCGUUUUGUUACCUAAAAUCUGAUUUCAGAGCCAAUUUGCCUUUUUUUUUGGCUCAGAAGGUCCCACUCACUUGUGUGACACUACAAGAUUUGCUCUAGUUCUGUCUAAUAAUUUCUUAACAUCAUUGUCCACAAAAAUGUGUUUAUCAGCGUGAGCCCUUCUUCGUAUUAAGAGCAGAAUUUAUUACCAAAUAAGUGCAGCAUCCUAGGCGCUACAUUGUUGGAACAAUGCCAUCUUUGCAGGAAAACAUCUGCUUGGCCCAAUCACUCAUGGGAGACAGAAAGUUGGAUGAAAGAUCAGCUCAGAGAUAAAAAAAAUACAUCAUCAAUGAUGCAUCCUUUCUAAGUUCUACAUAUUUACCAUUUAUUUUCAUUUCAAGAGUCCUUAACAAUGACACUGAUUAAAAGAGAAGAAAAUACAAUUGAAUCAAGCAACUCCUAAAUUUACUUGGACUUUUAUUAAUUAGCAGACAGUCAUCCUUUCUUCUCAUAAAUCUAAUUUCACUUGUUUACAUGCCUCUGUUUUUGCAUUUAAGGCCUGCAGCACUUUCCAAAUGAUGUUGGUAUGAUGGCAUAAAGGUUUUGUAAAAAUAGCAAUGAAAUUUCAAACAGGUUAUUGUAAAGAGGAUUUUGUAGAAAAGCUGACUGAGGGGCAAAGAUGGGCAAAGGAUCUAUACUUGUUAAUAGAUGCAUAAGAAAAUGAUUGAAAUGUUGAAAACAAUGCCCCUUAAAGAAAGAUUAGAGGUGAUUGAUAUAGUUCAUAAGAAUACAUUCACAGGAGCUUUAGAAAUUUGAGUGUAAAGGGAUAGUAGCAUUUAAGCCUAAACUGAUUUCUGAUCCCUUAGACAGAACUGACCCAAGAACCAUCAUUCCCGAAUAGCUGAUAUGACCACAUUUACCAAGGGGAUUACCGUGGGAAACCUUUAUCUAGCCCUACAAUGCAGAAUUACUUUCGAAAUCCCACUUAAAACUGUACUCUGCAGAAAAGAAGCCAUCUGUCAAACUUGUCCAGAGGUGGGCUCGAUCUCUCUUGGCCCAGAGGCAUCUGGGAUGCAAAGUGGAGGCAGGUGGUUAGACGAAUCGGUAUUCUAGGUUUGCCCUAUUGGCAAAGAUAAUAUAUACUUCUGUGAUGCAGCACUGAUGGUAAAAUAAAAACAAGUGAAGUUUAAAAGCAACGUCUGCCGUCACCAAGAUGACAUCUUUUCCAGGGAAACAGCAACAGCCCUGUUUUAUUGCAUUCACCGUAAGACAUGCUUCCAGGAAAAAUGGGGCAAAGUAACAAGUCAAACACUUCACUGCCUGAUAUCUAAGUGUCAGAAUGCCUUUGAAGCAUUGCGAGAAGCAAAAGCAGGCUGACAAAAGUCGGAAAUGUAUAUGAAUAUCUAUGGUAUUUAACAAAUGAUAUUAAGUUGAUGAGAAGAAAACCAUUAAGUAUCUUGAGUUCAUACUGUCCGCAAAGCAAUAGAAGUCAAAGUAAAUUAAGAAUGGUUGAAAUUUGGGGGUUGUAAUUAAAAUGUUAUUUGUUUGGUACAAACUGGAGUUCCACACAGAGCCAUAAAAUACAAAGACAAUGUUUUAUCAGUGCAAUGGCUUGUAAUUAAAUCUUAUUUUGCAAUGGGGCAUGUGCCAUCACUUGCACAUGGCAGCCCAUAUUUCCCCCAAGGAUCCAACAGCAGUUAAUAUUCUGUCUGGUCAGUCUAGUGGCAAGGUUGAGUCAAUGAUUCAACACUGUACAUGAAAUUUAUAGUUGGGAAUGAGAAGUAAGUGCGGCUGCAGUUCCCUCCACUCCGCCCUGAGGAGAAGAGGGAGGAGGGCUCGGAUGAGCAGUAACAAUAUAUUGUUGCAAGAAGGGAGAAACAACUGAACUUAAACCAAAACUGUGACUGGACAAAAAAAGGUCUUCGCAAGUAUGGGUUUGUUUAAUGCAUCUACCUGCAAGUUUAAAGUUGCAAUAUGAGCUGAGGUUAUGUGUCACCUGUGCAAGUAAUCUAAAUGAUGGAAAGGUAAAACAAAAAGACCCUUUCAGGAAGAAAGGACUGUGCAGCAGCUGUGAGAUGCGGCAUACUCCACACCACCUUGUACUCUCUACACUACAAAAAACUCCUCUCAUCGUGAUGCGGUGAAUGGGGGAAUUCCUCACUACAAUUGCCCUUACUGUGUAAUGUGAUAAUGUGUGUGCACCCACUAUGAAGGCUAGAUCAGGCCAAUUUGGCCUUGUGAGCGUUAAUGUGCCCGAGUGCUCCAGAUUCAUUCAAAGUUGAUUUCCAGGAUCACACAGCAUCUGUGGCUGAAGUCCAUGUAGUUUAGUUACAAUGAGUUGACAAAGAUAUCUCUACAGUGAGUUUUUUUUUAUAUUCUUGUGAAGUCUGAUUGGAACAAUUCCCUGAAAGUUUGUUGGUCUAGACUGAAAUAUCGCAAUAACAAACGAAAGAAAUGGCCACAUUCAUGAUCCCAGAGGUGUAUCACUUAUUCCUUGCACAGGUGGAGUCAUGUUUUUCAUUCCGACAGUUUGGGCAAACAUGGCGUUUAUGCUGUUCUGCACUGAGCUAAAACCAACACAAUGCGAGGAUGCUGUUUUGUAAGAUCUAUUCUUCGUUGUGAAAUCGGACCUCCGUCUUUAUGUCAUGGUCCACCACCGCAGCAGCAAUGCACACACAUUCAGGCAAUCCCCAGUGCUCCCAGCACAUUGGGUGAUGCAGAACAAUGCAUGCCUGCUCAAAUGAAGUUCAGUAACACAUUUUCACCACUUGCACUAUUGUUGUGGGCACCACCUAGCCGCUGUAGGAAAUAUGAGGCUCGAUCCUGUUGUGUUGUUUUAGGGACAGAUCACCAAGAAGGUUAUAGGACCCUGUGA